UGGGAGUGGUGAUAUUUCUGUCCCUGUUUGCUGUCAUCAUCAUAGCCUUGUUGUCCUCUCUAUUUGCCCUCAUGUGGCAAUGGAGGCGGGACAAUGUGACACGACAGGAACUGACCUCAAUGUUGAAGAUGAAGUCCUGCAUAUCUGAACCUAGGUUGGCCCCUCCUCUCCACCAGGACAUAACUCUACCAGCUGUCUGCAGCGUCCACAACACGCUACCCACAACCUACCAGGAGACUUACCACGCUACCCACAACCUACCAGGAGACUCACCACGCUACCCACAACCUACCAGGAGACUCACCACGCUACCCACAACCUUCCAGGAGACUCACCACGCUGCCAACAACCCAUCUGGAGUGAGUGCUUGGCCUGGUCGCUGCCUGCCGAUAGACAGACAUGAUGGACCGACUGACUGACUCCUCCCACUGGAGUUCAACCUCUUCUGAUUGGCUGUGGGCCUCAGUGACAGUACAGCACCAGUAAACAUGAAGUCAAAGGAUGGAGGGAUUAGUAUCUGUCUGUCUCCUCCCCUGACUGACUGACUGAACAAGGUUCACAUUGUAUUCCUGAUGAUGGUCCUUUAUUACUCGUGAUUAAUGGAAUGCUGAAAGAGGAGAAGAAGAAACAGAGUUUUCCAAUUUGCUAAAGCAAAAGGCAUUACCGAUAUAUAGACCGGUUGGCAAUAUACAGAUUAUAAACAGGUUAUAAACAGGUUAUAAAGAGGUUAUAGACAGGUUGGCAUUCUCUUAACUUCAGCGGAAAAAGAGAAGGAACACUGCAAGGCUACUGCUAUUGGUCAGUGGUUGAGAAAGAGGAGCUGCUGACCACCCACAGACAGUGUCAGGACGAUGUCAUAACUUAAUGUAUGUAUGUGGGUAGCUUGAGGUUUCAUUGGUCUGGGAACAGUUAUCCUCUCUCCCGACCCCCACCAGAAGUGAUGUGGCCCCACCUGGGAAAAAGGACCUGCUGUAGUAACUGUCACCAUCACCCAUUAUGAGAGGUCUCUACCACUUCAGAUACAACCAGCAUGACAUCAGUUCUCCUCCAACCUGACAAGAUUACAAACAUACAUUUGUUUAUAUCAGUAGCUGCUGCCCCUGCUUGUGUGGUGGUUGGGGAGGCUGCACCUGCUGGUGUGGUGGUUGUGGAGGCUGCACCUGCUGGUGUGGAGGCUGCACCUGUUGGUGUGGUGGUUGUGGAGGCUGCACCUGUUGGUGUGGUGGUUGUGGAGGCUGUACCUGUUGGUGUGGUGGUUGUGGAGGCUGUUGGUGUGGUGGUUGUGGAGGCUGCACUUGCUGGUGUGGUGGUUGUGGAGGCUGUUGGUGUGGUGGUUGUGGAGGCUGCACCUGCUGGUGUGGUGGUUGUGGAGGCUGCACCUGUUGGUGUGGUGGUUGUGGAGGCUGUUGGUGUUGUUGUUGUGGAGGCUGUACCUGUUGGUGUGGUGGUUGUGGAGGCUGCCCCUGCUGGUGUGGUGAUUGUGGAGGCUGUUGGUGUGGUGGUUGUGGAGGCUGCACCUGUUGGUGUGGUGGUUGUGGAGGCUGUUGGUGUGGUGGUUGGGGAGGCUGUACCUGCUGGUGUGGUGGUUGUGGAGGCUGCACCUGUUGGUGUGGUGGUUGUGGAGGCUGCACCUGCUGGUGUGGUGGUUGUGGAGGCUGCACCUGCUGGUGUGGUGGUUGUGGAGGCUGUUGGUGUGGUGGCUGCACCUGCUUGUGUGGUGGUUGUGGAGGCUGCACCUGUUGAUGUGGUGGUUGUGGAGGCUGUUGGUGUGGUGUUUGGGGAGGCUGUACCUGUUGGUGUGGUGGUUGUGGAGGCUGCACCUGCUGGUGUGGUGGUUGUGGAGGCUGCACCUGCUGGCUGUACCUGUUGGUGUGGUGGUUGUGGAGGCUGCACCUGCUGGUGUGGUGGUGUGGAGGUUACACCUGCUGGUGUGGAGGCUGUUGGUGUGGUGGUUGUGGAGGCUGUUGGUGUGGUGGUUGUGGAGGCUGCAACUGUUGGUGUGGUGGUUGUGGAGGUGGAGGAUGCAGAUUUUAUUUUAUGA